GAAUAACCUUUGUGGCGCCAGGCUUAAAAUGUUGAUACUGAGUGAUGGGUUUAUGUGUGAGUUAUGGAAAAUGGUAGAAUCUUCGUAAUAAGAUGGAUCAAGAACUGUCAUAUUCGACCACUGUCGAGCUUUCAAUCGCUUGCAGAAAUUUAUGUGAUACUGAUGUACUAUCAAAAUCCGAUCCACUCAUUGUUGUGUUUGAAAAGUCGUUUCCGGACGAUCAGUGGGUUGAACUGGAUAGAACAGAGAUAAUCCAGAAUAACCUGAAUCCAGACUUCGCUAAGAAAAUUGUAAUGGAAUAUCAUUUUGAAGAACAACAGAGACUUAAUUUUGCCGUGUAUGAUGUUGACAGCAAAUCUGACAAGUUGGACAAACACGACUUUUUGGGAAAUUGUGAAACUACUCUAGGGGAAAUUGCAUCCUCAGGUAAAAUCACAAAGCCGCUAAAAAAUGGCCCUUCAAAAGACUGCGGUACAAUUAUUAUUUCUGCUGAGGAAGUUUCUUCUUGCAAAGACGAACUUACACUCGAUCUUUCUGGAAGGAUGUUGGAUAAGAAGGAUAUAUUCGGAUCUUCUGAUCCUUUCUUAGCAUUUUAUCGAGUAAAUGAAGACAGAAGUCGGACAGUUGUUUAUCGUACCAAAGAGAUAAGAAAUACAUUGAAUCCCAACUGGAAACAAAUGGUCAUACCAAUGAGACUUUUAUGCAAUGGAGAUCAUGACAGACCAGUGGUUAUUGCUUGCAUUGACUGGAAUAGAAGUGGAAGAGAAAGUUUAAUUGGUGAAAUCACGACAUCUGUGAAUGAAUUGUUACAAAUGUAUAAUAGUGGUGUCUACUCUCUUGAUCUUAUUAAUCCUCGUAAAGCAAAAAGGCAUAAACAUUAUCAGAAUUCUGGAACUCUUCAUUUGAAUUUGGUGAGAGUAGAGAAAAUAUACAGCUUUUUGGAAUAUGUACAAGGAGGCACUGAAUUGAGCUGUUGUAUUGCAAUCGAUUUUACAGCAAGUAAUGGUAGUCCACAAGUUCCCGGUACACUGCAUUACAGUACAAUUUCACAACCAUCACAAUAUGCAUUAGCUUUACAAGCUGUCGGAGAAAUAAUCAGUGAUUAUGACAGUGAUAAUCUGUUCCCUUCAUUUGGAUUCGGUGCUUGUAUUCCACCGGAUAACACAGUUUCACAUUGUUUCCCUUUGAAUGGACAUAUGGAUAAUCCAUAUUGUGAAGGUAUACAAGGUGCUAUGGCUGCUUAUGCUCAUUCUUUGAGAACAGUUAAAUUUCAUGGGCCAACAAAUUUUGCACCAAUUAUUAAUACAGUAGCUAGUAUUGCUCGACAGUCGGUUGAUGGUUCUCAAUACUCAAUUCUACUAAUUCUAACAGAUGGUAUCAUAUCAGAUUUACCGCAAACAAAAGCGGCUAUCGUAAAUGCAUCUAGUCUUCCUUUAAGCAUAAUUAUUGUUGGUGUUGGUCCUGCAAAUUUCGAUGAAAUGGAAGAACUUGACGGUGAUGAAGUACGUUUAAGUUCUCGCGGGAAAACUGCUAUUCGUGACAUUGUACAAUUUGUUCCAUUUCGAAAUUUUCACAAUUUAAAUAAUGUACAAGAGUCAAAACGACGUUUAACCAAGGCUGUCCUGUCAGAAAUACCAGAUCAACUUGUAUCCUAUAUGCGUAUGCAAGGCAUUAAACCACUGAAUACACAAACAAUUGAUUCGAAAUUCGAAAAAUUUGAUCAUAUGAAUAAUAAACAAAUGAAAAACUCUGCUUGUAACAACAUGUAUCAUUCAAACACACUGGCUAAUAAUAAUAAUAUUAAUAAUAGUAAUGCUCCACCUUAUCCUACUAAUCUACCCAACAUAUAUCCUAACAACUAUUAAUAUAGACGCACAAAUUAUACGAUACUGUGUUGCAUAUUGUAUUGCAUUCUGUAUAGAUCCGAUAUGUAUAACACCUUAUUGUAUUCUUUUUCAUCAUAUAUACAUAUAUAUAUAUUGUCGAUUAUACAUACCUAUACAAAUCUAGUCAUGUAUUUUUAUUCUUCGUAUUCCUCUUCUCGAUUACUGACAACUAACUAUACAAUAAAAAGAUGGCACGUAUUGCUCAGUUGACGAACAGAUUUGUUGAUUAUAUAUAUCAAGGUGUGUGUGUGUGUGUGUAUGGCUCAUUCAGUGAGAACAAAUGAGAAAUAAGUAGAUACACUUUAGCACUCCCUAAUUUGUCUGUUACUUUAUUCACAGUUUGUUUGUCAAUUUCUAUAUUCCUCUUUUUCCUACAAUGCCAAAAGUAAUAAUAACAAUAAUAAUAAUGACAAUAGUAAUGGUGAUUUUCUUUCUGUGCAAUAUAUAUAUAUAUAUAUAUAUA